ACUGGCCCGGGAGGACACACAUAGGCCUGGAGGGCAGUGAGAGGGCGCUGACCCCUCGUCUUGUCUGCAGGCCCGGCCUAUGCUCUCAGGGCCUGGGAAACGGCCACCCGCUCCCCGCUCUGGGGCCAGCGGCCUGUCCUCGGGGUCGCUGCUAUUUCUGCCAAAGAGGAGAGUAAUUAUAGCUCAGCCUUUGCCAGCUGACCAAGCUCUGCAACCCGGCAGAGGGGCCUGGGGCGGGAACGUAGACUGGCCAGAAAUCAGCCCCGCGAGCAGGCAGGCAGGCAGCAGCUCCAGAGCUGUGGGAGGCCAGGCAGGCGUGGCCCCGUUCACCCGAGCAACCCAGCGCCCACCUCCCCAGGGCAUAGGAGGGGCACUGCCAGCCGGGCCAAGACUGUGCUGGACGACUCCUGCUGGGGCAGCCGUGGAGCCCGGCCCGCACCACCCCUCGCAGAGCUGGGAGGGAGCCAGCUCAGAAAAGGCACAGUCCAUGGGGUCAGUCCCCUGAAUUCAGCCCGCCACUCUGGGCGGGAGUCAAACGCCACCAGGCCACCAGCCCCACAGCGACGGCCUCCUCCAGCAGGGCCGUCCAGAGGGCCGCUGAAGCCGCCGCCCUGUAGUGUAAGAGAAGCUUCUCGGCCGCCCGCAAGCUGCCCCGGCUCCGGUUCCCUCUUUGCCAGAGGCUCUGAUCGCCAGUGGACCGCGGGUGGAGGUGGGCAAGCUCACCUCGGGUGUGGCAGCCAGGAGCCCAGGGUCAGCCCUGCGGAAUAUUAUGCAGCCAUUAAAGCUGAUGAUUCAGAAGACGGCAGCAGGGGAGGCCGCUGACCAUGCGGUUCUGAGCAAGCAGUGUUCCUGCGCGCCGGGAGCAGGACCAUGUCCCAGUAAAUGAAGACUGCAGAGCACGCCUUGAGCCCUGACUCCCGGCCAGAGACUCAACAUCAGACCAGGAAGAAUGAGGAGGCGGCUCCAGGCACACCGACAACGCCCAGGGCGGGGAGGGAGGGCAGAAAGGGCCCCGCCUCAAUCCUGAGACGAAGCCCGCAGGAGCGCUGCGGCCGUGGGGACGAGCCACGGAGGACCACGAGACAUGUGCGGUUCCGAGAGCCCCUGGAGGUGGCCGUCCACUACAUCGCCUGCAGGGAGCCCACCGCUGCUGCCCAGGCGCCCAGCCGGCCACGACCCCGCAGCGGCUCCCUGCUCCUCCGGCUGACGGCCUGCGUCCUGCUGGCGCUGGCGCUGGGCAUGUGCUGCGGCCAGGCCGGGCCCGUGGCCAGGGCCCUGGAGGACUUCCGGGCCCGGCUCCUCGCCGCCCUCCUGCGCCUGCAGCUGGCGGCCCUGGACUGCUGGCACUGCCUGCUGCAGCUCUGACGGCAACGCCCGCCCCUGGGGCCCAGGGGCGUCCACUGGGAGGUCUUCAAACAAGAAGAUCACCACUGAAACCCGGGCACCCGGGGCCCAGGGGCGUCCAC